AUGCUUUCCAGCUACACCACGAACCUCGCCAACAGCAGCAGCAGCACCAGCACCAGCGAAGCUCCCUCGCGCCAGCCAACACCCCUCACUCCGCCACGGAAUGCCUCGCCGCUCACGCGCCAGCCAACCCACAACCGAGGCGCCAGCGUCCCGAACUACUCGCCGAAUCCUAACGUGUCGCCGACUGCUGCCGCACGGCCAACUCCAUCACCGUACAACUCCGCGCAUCGCAAUUCCGUGAUCGCCGGCACCACUUCGCUGAAGAAGGAUGAUAUCACACACCUACGCAACAGCAGCGUGUCGCAUUUCCGCACGCUGUCCCGGCUGACGAAUGAAGGGAAUGCUGAGGAGUUCGGCAUCGUGGCGGGCGCCAGCGAGAAUGUCGCCGGAAUGCAUGGACGCAAGCGGUUGCAGCGCGCGCAGACAGAUAACAUGACCAGCUGGGAGAGGAUGACGUGGAUGGAUAAGCGGAGGCAGUACAUUCAGGCAUACGAAUACCUGUGUCAUAUCGGAGAAGCAAAAGAAUGGAUGGAAGAUUGCAUCGGCGAGCCCAUUCCGCCCAUCGUGGAGUUGGAAGAGGCACUACGAAAUGGCGUCGCACUUGCAAAGUUGACGCGAAUAUUCUCGCCCGAGCUUGUACCACGAAUAUUCGAGCACCCGAAAUUACAGUUCAGGCAUUCGGACAAUAUAGAUCGGUUCUUCCGGUUCUUGCGCAAAGUCGAGCUACCAGAUAUAUUCUUCUUCGAGACUACCGAUCUGUACAACAAAAAGAACAUUCCCAAAGUGAUUUACUGCAUCCACGCCCUCUCGUUCCUCCUCUUCCGACUGGGCCUCGCGAGCCACGCGGUCGGCAACCUCGUCGGAAAGCUCGAGUUCACCGAGACGGAAAUCCAGAACACACAAAAAGGCCUGGACACGGCCGGCGUCAGCUUACCGGCCUUCCGGGGCGUCAACAAGCAUUUCGAGGUUGAGCCCGAGCCGGAGCCGGAGGAGACCGAAGAGGAGCGGAUAACGCGGGAGCUUCGCGAAGCGCGGCACGAAACGUUCGAGCUACAAUGCCUAUGUCGCGGCGCGGCGGUGCGGCUGCGGUUGGGAGAUAUGAUGGACCGGCUGUGGGAUGCCGAAGAGGAGAUUUUGGAUCUGCAGGCGAGAGUUCGCGGGAUGUUUUGUCGACUGUCGUUUCAAUACCGCGCGGAUAUGUCGAGGUGGGCGACGAAUCUUCAGGCCAUUUCGAGAGGGUAUCUGGCCCGUCAGCGACAUAUUCAGCAGCUUCGGUAUUGUGAUAAGAACCAGAAGAUCUUUGCGAGGUUGCAGGCUAGGAUUCGCGCCAACAAGGUGCGCGAGCAGGUGAAGGAGCAACGGACGCAACUGGAGAAACAGCAGAAGGGAGUGGCAGUGGUGCAGUCGGUAAUUCGCGGGCUCCUUGUUAGGCGGCGGCUCGGCGAGCAGGUCGCAGAUGCACUCGAGAGUGAGGAUCACGUGGUCGGACUCCAAGCGCUGGCAAAAGGAAUUCUGGCGAGACGGAGGUUCGCGGGUCUCAUGGGGGAAUUGCGGGACCAGGAGGAGAUCUUCACGCGCUUGCAAAGUGCUGUCCGGGGAAGGCUGGUCCGGAGCCGGAUUCACCAGGAUACCACCGCCUUGGAGCAGGCACAGGAGGAGUUUGCGGAUUUGGCGGCUGCGGCGAGGGGUGUGCUUGUGCGGCGUGAGGUGCAACGGACCAAAGAGGCGCUGGCGGAACAGGCGGAGGUUAUCACAUCACGACAAGCUGCUGCGAGGGGUGUGUUGGUACGGCGUCAGAUGCAACAGACCAAGGAGGCUCUGGAGGAACAGGCUGAGGACGACAUUGUCGAUAUCCAAGCAUGUGCUCAAGGUUUUCUCGUCCGGAGCGCCUACCACCAAACUCUGGAACAGCUUGACGCCACCGUCGGCGGUGUCACUGCGCUUCAGGCUCGCUGCCGUGGUGCGCUGGUUCGUUGGGAAGUCCUGGACACCAAUGCUGCGCUGGAAGACGAGGAAGAGAGCAUCGUCGGACUCCAGGCACAUGCACGCGGUUUCUUGCAUCGGCUCGCACGGGAAGACUUCUUGGCGGAGUUGGAAAGUCAUGUUGCCGAUAUCGUUGACGUUCAGGCUGCCGCGCGCGGUGUGCUGAUUCGGUGGAGACUCGACGAUAUCUUCCAGACAAAGCUCAAGCACUACCGCGAUAACAUGGACAAGGUCAUCAAGCUGCAGAGCUUCGUAAGGGCGAAGCAGCAGGGAGAGGCCUACAAGUCGCUGAUGGGCGGCAAGAAUCCUCCGGUCGGAACCGUCAAAAACUUUGUGCACCUCCUGAACGAUAGCGACUUUGAUUUCGACGAGGAGAUUGAGUUCGAAGGCUUGCGCAAGAAGGUGGUGCAGCAUGUCCGGGCGAAUGAAUUGGCCGAGGCGUACGUCGACCAGCUCGAUGUCAAGAUCGCGCUGUUGGUCAAGAACAAGAUCACCCUGGACGAGGUCAUCAAGCAUCAGAAACGGUUCACCGGACAUGUCGGCAACCUCCUCAGCAACACCGACAUUGCAAGCUCGGAUCCGUUCGACCUCAAGGCGCUCAACAACAACUCGAGGAAGCGGUUGGAGAAGUAUCAACAGAUGUUCUACGCGCUGCAGACUCAGCCACAGUACCUGUCGAGGUUGUUUAAGCGGAUAAGGGAGCAGAAUACCGCCGACAAGGAACUGAAGAGGAUCGAGAACCUGGUCAUGGGCAUCUUUGGAUACUCGCAGAAGCGGCGCGAGGAGUUCUACCUUCUCAAGCUGAUCGUGCGCAGUGUCAAGGAGGAGAUUGACAAGUGUGAGCGACCCGAGGACUUCCUACGGGCCAAUUUCUUCUGGAUCAAGCUGGUGGGAAGUUACAUCCGCUCGCCGAGAGAUCGCAAGUUCUUGCACGAGCUCCUGGGCCCGCUGGUCCGCGAGGAGUUCAUCGACAACGAGGAACUCGAUCUCGAGAGCGACCCGCUGCAGAUCUACCGCGCGUCGAUCAACAACGAGGAGCUCCAAACGGGAAUGCGCAGCGAGCGCAAUCCAGAUGUCGGACGCGAUCAGGCGAUCAGAGAUCCGGAGACAAGAGAGACGUUCAUCGCACAUCUACAGGCCCUUCGGACGCUAUCGGAGGACUUUAUGAACGUUCUCGACAACAAUGUCGAACGCAUGCCGUACGGCAUCCGGUACAUCGCGCGCAAGGCUAUCGAGGCACUGCUGGAGCGCUUCCCCGAAGAGAAUGAGGAUGUCAUUGUUCAGGUCGUCGAGCACUUUGUCUUCCAGAAGUACUUCAAUCCGGCGAUCAUUGGACCCGACGCUUUCGGCAUUGUCAACAAGACCUUGACGCCCAUACAGAAGAAGAACCUGGGCGCGCUCUCCAAGCUGCUGAAUCAGGUCAGUUCCGGACGCCUGUUCGCCAACGAGAACAUGUUCCUGCAGCCGCUCAACGAGUACGUCUCGAUCGCGAUCGGCCAGUUCAAGGAAGUGUUCAAGGCGAUCGUCGACGUCCCCACGGUCGAGGCCAGGUUCGAAAUGGACGAGUUCGAGGACUUGACCAGCAAGCAGAAGCCGACGCUGUACAUGAAGAUGUCGGAUAUCUUUGCGAUCCAUCGCUUAGUCGCGCAGGAGAUCGAUGCCAUCGCCGAGACACGUGAGGACCCCCUGCGCGAGAUCAUCAAUGAGCUCGGCAGCGUGCAGACUUCGGAAAGCGAGUUGAAAACGGUGGGGAACACGGAGAUCUCGCUGCAGUUGGAUCCCAGUUUCCACGUCGUCGACGAUCCGGAGUCCGAGAUUAAGGCGCUGUUCGUCGAGACUAAGCGCUGCAUCCUCUACAUCAUCCGCAUACAGACCGGCACGAACUUGAUGGAGAUCUUGGUUAAGCCGAUUACCGCGGAGGAUGAGGAACGGUGGGAUAGUCUGGUUGCCGAGGAGCUGCAGAAUUCGGGCGGGAAGAAGAGGGGUGCUUAUGCGGAUCACACCAUGCUGACUGAUAUCAACUCGAUGUCGUAUGCUCAGUUGAAGCGCACCGCGCUCGAGAACAUCAUCAACCUCGAGCGCUUCGGCAAGAUCACGCGCAAGAACCAGUACCAAGACAUCCUGAACCAGAUCGCGAUCGACAUCCGCACCAAGCACCGACGGCGCGUGCAGCGGUCGCGCGAGAUGGAGGGCAUCCACCAGACCCUCGCGCACCUGCAGGAGAAGGCGGUGUACCUCGACCAGCAACUCAAGAGUUACAACGACUACAUCGAGCAGGCCAUGGUAACGCUGCAAACGAAGAAGGGCAAGAAGAAGACCAUCCUGCCGUUCACAAGGCAGUACUUCCACAUGCGCGAGCUCGAGCGCUCCGGAAGAGUGCCCAAGUUUGGCAGCUACAAAUACUCGGCCCGCGCGCUCGCUGAUAAGGGCGUCCUCGUCAAACUCGACGGUUACCCGGAAAAGCGCUGGGAUAAGAUCAACUUCACGAUCGCAAGCGACGAGAUCGGUUCCUUCUUUGUCGAGGCUAGUAAUGGCAGCAUGAUGAUCCCGGGCGCGUCCGCGCAGGUGCUGCUCGAUGAUUUGUUGCAGAUGCAAUUUCACAACAACCAGUUCAUGAUGCUGUGCGAGGGCAUGAUCAAGUUCAACGUCAACUUGUUCCUGCACCUACUGUUUCGAAAGUUCUACCGGGACGAGUAG